AAGGAUAUUUAUUAUUUCUCUACUCAUCGCGCACUCGAAGUUGAAUAUUUUAAUAUUCCCGGGCGAAUCGACCCCGUCGAUAAAUUUUAGACUUUAAAAAUAAACUUCCAGCCAACCGCUAGGAGGUGGCCAUUACAGUAGUCACAAUGGCCAAAAAAAAUUUUGGCAUUUUCUAUAACCUAAAUUGAGUGUGCUGUCAUUCAAUCGGCAUAUAGUUGCAGUUGGGUAUCGUCAAGAAUCAGUGAGGUAAAUUAAAAAAACAAAUUUUUUUUUCAUUUUUUUUCAUUGUUAAAUAACACCUAAUAGCAACAAAGGAAUAAUAUAACCAGUUGUUUAAAAGUUAUCAUCAAUAUAUUUAAACUAUUCUUAUUCUGGAGAAGAAAUAUUAUAUUGAAUAAACAUUAUUUGUAAAAAAUUUAUAAAACUGAAUGGAUGAGAGUAAUUACGAUUCUCCAGACGAAUAUACCAGCCUGAUGGAUGCCCAUGUAGCUGAGACACGAACCGACACUUCUGGUUUGGUCGUCGAAAAGAGAAAGCGUCGAUUGAAAGCACCCGCCAAUCAUGAAGAUGGAAAUUUACCAGAAGUACGUAUAGAAAAUCCAAGUUCAUCUGGAUUUUUCAGUGGAUCAAGAUCUGUUCCACCUCUUGGUCCAGGUGAUGAUCCAGAUAGUUAUCAGCAAGAAGAAUUAGAAGAAGGUUUAAAGUACGGAGCAACCCAUGUCAUUAAAUUAUUUGUUCCGGUAUCACUGUGUAUGCUGGUAGUUGUGGCAACAAUAAGCUCCAUAACAUUUUAUACAAUGAAAGGAGAAUAUUUAAUUUAUACACCAUUUCAUGACGAUGGAGCAGAUACAAGCACCAAAGUUUGGCAAGCUGUUGCCAAUUCAAUGAUUUUAUUGUUUGUCAUCGUUUGUAUGACUGUACUUUUAAUAGUUUUAUACAAGUACAAAUUUUAUAAAUUUAUUCAUGCGUGGCUGAUAAUGAGCUCACUGAUGUUACUAUUUAUUUUUACUGCAUUAUAUUGCGAAGAAGUGUUGAAAGCUUACAACAUUCCAAUGGAUUUAAUUACACUGGCAAUUAUUUUAUGGAAUUUUGGAUUCGUUGGAAUGAUUUGUAUUCAUUGGCAAGGUCCUCUGGCUCUUCAACAAGCCUAUUUAAUAUUUAUUGCUGCUCUGAUGGCUUUAGUUUUUAUUAAAUACUUACCCGAGUGGACGGCAUGGUUUGUAUUAGCAGUUAUUAGCAUCUGGGAUUUAAUUGCCGUUUUAACACCCAAUGGUCCACUGCGAGUUCUAGUGGAAAUGGCUCAGGAACGUAAUGAGCCCAUUUUUCCGGCUCUUAUUUAUUCUUCAACAAUAAUGUACAGCUUUACUUUAAGUUAUGUUGGUUAUAUUGGAGCAGCAACAAUGGCUAAUGAUGAAUCUGCAGCUGGAGAAGGUGUAAGAUCACCAGCAAGAGCUCAAACACAAAAUAGUACUGUAGCAGCAAGUGGAGAUGAAGCCGGAUUCACCAGAGAUUGGGUUGAUCAUCAUGAAGAACGUAGUUCAAGAAGAGCUGAAGAAAUACGUCAUACUGGUGAAUUAAGUGGUCAAGUUAAUUCACAAGCUCAACAACAACAAUAUCAACGAUCUGUUUCUGAUGAAGAACGCGGUGUUAAAUUAGGUCUUGGUGAUUUUAUAUUUUACAGUGUUUUAGUCGGUAAAGCAUCAAGUUACGGUGAUUGGAAUACAACAUUAGCUUGUUUUGUUGCUAUUUUAAUAGGACUUUGUCUUACACUUCUAUUACUUGCAAUAUUUCAAAAAGCUUUACCAGCACUUCCUAUAUCAAUAACUUUUGGUUUAAUAUUUUAUUUUGCUACACGUGUAAUUGUCGCUCCAUUUGCUGACAGUUUAGCAAGUGAACAAGUAUUUAUUUAGCUUUAAUUUUUAUAUAUACUUCAAGUAUAUAUAAAAAAGACUCAUUGAUUCCAAGACUUAUAUAAUUAAUUAAUUGAUUAAUUAAUUAUAUAUACAUAUAAAUACUUUAAUUUAAAGUUUUUUUUGACUAAUGUCUACUAAAUUAACAUCAAUUUAAUUAAAUUGCUCUAAUAAAUUAUCGAACAAGGUGAAUAAUUUUUAUAACAUUAACAUAUGAAUUUAUUUAAAGGAUUAAUGUUAUUAAUUUCGUUACAUACACAUUAUAUAGUAUUGUAAAAUUGUAAAAAAACAAGCAAUUUAAUUAACUUAUUCUCGAUACGGUGAUAUAUGAAAUAUGAAGUAAACAUAUAUUUAAAUUUACUU